AUGUAAUCAUUGACAUAUAAUCAUAGGAAUAUAACGUUAAAUGUUUAACAUAGAAGGUCACUUUAACAUGAUGAAGUCGUGGGUUGCUCAAGUCUCUUGUUUAGAGCAAUUUCGCGAUCCUAAUAGUAUGUAUUCCUUCAUGAUGCCAUUACUCUCACAUUUCAAUAUUGAAAAUGAAGGAGUUAUAAUCGACAAUAUUGAAGAUUUUAUUGAAAAGUAUGGUACAGAUUAUUCAGUACUUACUGCUGACCUAGAACAGGAAUUGCUUGUUCUCGUGAAAACUGCCGAUCAAAAUUUAAAGAAAAAGCCAUUUUUUUAUGCGGCACAAAGAUCAAGUGCAGUUCAAAUGUUAUGUAUUCACUUUAAUGAUCUCACGAAAGUUGAGAAAGUAUUGUCUAGGAAAGUUGAUCAUGUGAAAACAAUAUUUCUUUUUAACACAGGUCGUUGUGGGUCCACAUUACUGUGCAAGGCACUAGAUAAACUCCCAAAUGUGCAGUCAAUAUCAGAACCGGAUAUAUUCACUGUAUUGAUAUCGCAAUAUGGCAAAGAAAUGCCUCCUUUUCCAAAUCCUUCAGUCUCCAAAGAAAUUUUACUUUUAGUUACACGUGUUGCUACUAAGCUACUUCAUAAUUACUUUAUCCACCGGGAGCCACUUAAGACGCAUAUUUGUUAUAAAUUAAGAGCACACAUAAUAUAUCGAAGCGAAUUGCUUAUGAAUGCAGUUCCCAGUGCAAGAGGUUUGUACAUGUAUCGUAAUUGUUUGCCCUUUGUUGAAUCGUGGAUACGUAUUACGACAAAAGGAAGCUAUUUUCUUUAUUGGAUUUUAACUUCAUUACGCCUUGAUGUAUUUUAUCUUAAGUAUCGGUUGGGCCAUAACUCUACAUUUUAUGAACAUCUCACGAAAACUUCUAUGAAUGAAAACAGCUUAUUUCGACAAGGUUUCAUCUGGUGCUUUGCUCAUUAUUGGUGGAAAAACAUCCAAAAAGCUUUAACAAUAAUAAAAAGCUCACCAAGGUUUUUUAAUGUUGUUGUGAAGUAUGAAGAUCUUGUCCAAAAGAGAGAAGACUUGAUAUUUGAGAUUGCAGUAAGCCUUGGUAUUGAAGAAAAAGAAAUAUUGCAAAGUAAAUGGUCAAUUGCAUCGGUAUUUUCAAGGAAUAGUCAGGAAGGCUCUGUUCUUUCAUCCAAACGUGAUCUUAAUGAUAACAAUGAUGUAUGGUUUGGUGAAUGGGAGAAAAAUAAAAUCAAUAAGAUUUUAAGACACUUAGGAAUGGAUGUAGAUUUUGAACUGCCCUUCACAAAUAAUGCGUAGUGUUCUCUUUGGUGAUUGCAAGAAAACCAAAUGAAAAAUGUUGAGAUUUCGUACUGAGCUUUGAGCAGCUUAUCAUGGAUAUUUUUAAACACUGAUUUUAGUCAUAUUUGAUUCAGUUUUUUAACAUUUAUAUUUGUAGUAGAUAAUAAUGAUCAUAAUAAAAUACGUUUUUUUAUAAUAA